GCUGUAUGCAACAGAUGAGCGUAUUUUGCAUUGUUGUUGUUUUGUUCCGACCAGGCACAGAGAACAGUUCAGUUUGGAAUAAUAAUUAACGUCAAUUAUAACAUUAUAAUUGCUCAUUGUCACCUGCAAAGAUCAUUCAAGAGCUGUGUAACUUCUACUAUCCAUCAUGUCAAUCAGUCUUAAUCGAGAAAUGCACUGCCCAAGUAAUCCACUGGUAUUUUUAGACGUAAAAAUAGGCGAUGAACCUGUUGGAAGGAUACUUAUCGAAUUGCGUGCUGAUAUUGUUCCGAAAACUGCGGAAAACUUUCGGGCUCUUUGUACGGGGGAGAAGGGUUCCUCUGAAGCGUCAGGAUGCAAGCUGCACUAUAAGGGUAGUAAGUUUCAUAAAGUUAAGUCUCUCUUUAUGUCUCAAGGUGGGGACAUUGUAAACUUCAACGGUUCCGGUGGUGAGAGUAUCUAUGGCAAGACGUUUGAAGACGAAAGUUUUACUCUUCUGCACGAGGAUGGCGCCAUCAGCAUGGCUAAUCUUGGCAAACCAGAUACCAAUAAUUCUCAGUUCUUCAUUACUUCUGGCGAAUGUCCACAUCUGAAUGGAACUAACGUGGUUGUUGGUUACGUGAUCAGAGGAAUCGGCGUCAUUGGCGAGAUGGAAAAGUAUGCUACUGACGAAGGAGAACCUACGAAAGAGAUAGUGAUCGCAGAUUGUGGUCAAAUUCCUCUCGGUGCCGAUUGGGGUAUUAACGACUGCGAUGAAACUGAAGAUAAGUUACCACCGUUUCCGAAAGAUUGGACUAGAUUCGAUGCAGACUUUUCGAUAAAAGAGAUGCUCAAUGAACUAAAUACCAUCAAAACAGCCGGAAAUUAUUUUUAUCAAAAUGGAAGAUGGGUUGAAGCUUGCCGCCGGUACAAAAAAGCCGACCGAUACUUUAACUUCUUUAACAAUAAAAUUCGCUACGCCGAGGACCGCACCAGGCUGGAGCAGUUUGAAGUCGUGAACAGUCUGAAUUUGGCUGCCGCCCAGUUGAAACUGGAGGAUUACGAGAAUGCGGUAUUUGCUUGCAGUACAGCACUGGCAAUCGAACCUUUCAACACAAAGGCAUUGUUCCGACGAGGUCUAGCGCAAAAUAAGUUAAAAAACUAUGAGCUAGCAAUUGCCGACUUAAGCCAAGCGUUAAAUCGCAUCCCAAACGACAAGCUGGUACUAGGAGAGUAUAGCCGGGCGAAAACAAGCCUAGUAGAUUAUAGAGCACAACAGAGGAGUGCACUGGUAAAUUGGUUCAAAUAGACGGUUUCCUUUUCCGGAAUGUUAGUUUGUAAUAACUGUAAGUUGAUGUGGUUACUUAAAGCUUGUAAGAAGUCUUUUAUA